UUAGCCAAGGAUUUAAGGAAAGAGACCUGAAUUUCUAUCUGCAAAAUACCCACUUGAUUUGAAAUGGCAGCUUCGGCUCCUCUUUCUCACACAUUCUACACACUUCGCUUCCCUUCUUCUUCUUCUUCUUCUUCUUCUUCUUCUUUCUCUUCUACGGUUUCUAAACCCCCAAGAACCUUAAUUCAGCCUUUUGCUCAAUGUUUUCAAUGCACUCAUCACCAUUUUCCCCUCAACAAGCAUUCUGAAAGCACUAAAUUUGCUCUCUCUAAAUGGGACUCAGUAAUUAUUAACCGCAGCAGACGUUCCUUGUUCAAAACCGCUCUCUCGUUCCAAGACUCUGCUCCUCAGACGAGUGAUGACGAGGAUAGCCUCAGUGAAUUGGAAGUGUCAAAAGAUGAAGUAGAUGAGAAAUAUUCAUUUAGAUUGAAGUCCCUCAUGCAAGUUUACAAGGAGGCCAUCCUAGUAGGAGAUGUAAAGGCUAUAUAUGAAAUUGAGGCAGCCAUAUCCUCGGUGGAAAAGGAGAGAGAUGACUUGGCCCAAAAAGUUUCAGCUCUAUCAGCAGAGAUCAAUUCUGGGAAGGAAAAAUAUAUCCGCUUGCAAGCAGAUUUUGAUAAUUUUAGGAAAAGAUCUGAGAAAGAGAGACUAACAAUCGGGACAAAUGCUCAAGGGGAAAUAAUUGAGAGCCUCUUGCCCAUGGUUGAUAACUUUGAGAGAGCUAAGCGACAGAUCAAACUAGAAACUGAGAUGGAAAAGAAAAUUGAUGCAAGUUACCAGGGAAUAUACAAACAAUUCGUGGAGAUAAUGAAGAGCUUGCGUGUUGCUGUUGUUCCAACUGUUGGCAAACCAUUUGAUCCUGCGCUACAUGAGGCUGUUGCUCGUGAGGAAUCUCAAGAGUUUACUGAUGGAAUAAUAAUAGAAGAAUUCCGCCGUGGGUUUUUACUUGGAGACCGCCUGCUAAGGCCUGCAAUGGUUAAGGUUUCAGCAGGACCGGGCAAAAGGAUACCCUCUUCAUUCGCACAGAAAUCCGCAGCAGCAACUGCCGGAGUUGAUGAUAACUAACUUUCAAUUUCACAGGGAUGCAUUGAAUUCUUUUAAAGAGCGAAGACCGCCUCCAUUCAUAUAAGCUUGAAUCCUCUUCAGUCUAGGCAAUCCUCUGUGUUAGUAUAUGAUCAUUUAAGCCUAAUUCUUUUUCUUUUUUGUUUCUAUCACACAAUUGAGAAAGAGGGGAACACUUCCUUUGAAUCUUAAGAAAUUCAAUCCGGUUGUUGACAGAAAAUGUGCUUGUUUGCUGUUGGUCAAAAGGCUUGUGAACUCUCUUAUGCAUUAAUAUGAAAAAACCAUUUGGCUAAGCGAA